AUGCGCCAGGACAAGCCGUCACUUGUGGAGCUCUUUCGACAGGACCAAGCCCGCGUAGACUACAUCCACCGCCGGACAUCCAACGCCACUGCCCGCCUAAACCCUAUUGGCGACUCUCUUUUUGCAAGAGUUCCGGCAACCAUCAAUUAUGAUAUUAGUCGCUAUAGUCAUAUCGUCAACAUAGGCCUAGGAAUUCCUACCAAGUUCUUCUCAUUUACGUUCGACACUGGUAGCGAUCUCACUUGGACCCAAUGUGUCCCUUGCGUUAACUGUUAUAACCAAACAAACAAAAUUAAUGACCCAACCCAAUCCUUCACCUUCACCAACAUCCCAUGCAACUCUUAUUAUUGUACCCAACUCCAUCAAUUUGAUUGCUCCUCUACCUACACCUGCCUCUAUGAGCAAGAAUAUGCUGACAAUUCUAAAACUAAUGGCUCCCUCAUUAAAGAUUCCUUGACCUUAUCCAAUGAUAUAGUUUAUGACUUCGUCUUUGGUUGUGGACAUGACAAUACCGGAAUUUUUGGACAUGUAGAUGGGAUAUUAGGCCUCGGCCGAGGACCUCUUUCAAUUAUUAACCAAAAACCUCAUUUGUAUAACAAAAUAUUCUCAUAUUGUCUACCAUCAAGGCCUGAUACAAUUGGAUAUCUUGAAUUAGGUAGCUCAGUCCUUGGUGUGAGGUAUACACCAAUGCUAACAAAACCAGAAAUGCCAUCGUACUACUUCCUCAAUCUCAUUGACAUUUCAAUUGGUGGUGAAAGGCUUGGCCUUCCACCUACUAUAUUCAGCGAACCUGGAACUAUGUUGGACUCUGGCACAGCAUUUAGCUACCUACCGCCCAGUGUAUACUCCAUCCUCCGCAACAUUUUUCGAAACUACAUGAGAAAUUACACGAUGGCACCGCCAAUAUACAAUCUUGACACAUGUUAUGACAUCUCUAACUACCCGAUGGUGUUUGUGCCAGAGAUGUCAUUCAUCUAUGAUGGCGAAGUGAUGACAAACUUAGAUUCCACAGGGAUACUUUUCGUGUUCAAUAAAUCUCAAGCGUGCUUUCCCUUUAUUCAAAAUGAGGAUGAUAGUGAAGUUGUGGUCAUUGGUAGUAUGCAGCAUCUCACGUAUAGUGUAGUCUAUGAUGUGGGGAACUCACAAAUUGGCUUUGGGGCUAAUGGCUGUAGCUAG